CGUUUCGCGGAUAUGAGCGCCUGCGUGUACAUCUCAUGACGGACACAAUGGCGGGGAGCGAGCUCAAGUUUAAUGAUUGAUAUUGAGGAAUAAAUACGGCAGCUUUUCAAGAGGAGUUCACACCGAAGUUAUACGAUUGUCACAAGCCGAGCAGCAGCUGAAAGUGGCGGAUUCAUCUCGCAUGUCAUCAUGCCUUUAAUUCGAGUGUUGAACAGAUUGAGUGGAUUUGUGAGCUGGAAACAGGGUUUGGAGAGUUUGGGAGCGCAGAGCCACAGAUUCCAGCACACCGCCACUCAUUCAUCUUCAUGCAACUAUCAGCUGCUGCCCGACUGCUUGGAGCUCAACUAUGGUGGUCUUGUUAUGCACUUUGACUAUGUUUGGCUGCGAGACCACUGCAGAUCCGCUUCAUGCUACAACUCCAAAACCAACCAGCGUAAUCUGGACACGGCCAGCAUCGAUUUGACCAUCAGGCCUUCCAAGAGCAGAGUGGACGAACACAACCUCUUCCUGACAUGGCCAGAUGGUCACGUCACACGAUACAAUUUAGCAUGGCUAGCCCAGAACAGCUACGAGGGCCAGAUGAGGAGUGCCAUACAGCCUCGUGUCCUCUGGAACGCGCACAUCUACUCCAGUGCUAAAGUUCCCUCUGCCAACUGGGACAAAUUCAUGAGCUGCGACGAGGAGCUGAAGAACUUCCUGAACAACUUCCUGCUUUACGGGAUUGCUUUUGUUGAAGGUGUUCCGCCAACUCUCGAAGAAACAGAAACUGUGACCCAAAGAGUGAGCCUCAUCAGGGAGACCAUGUAUGGGCGGAUGUGGAACUUCACUUCAGAUUUUUCUCGCGGAGACACUGCCUACACAAAGCUGGCACUGGAUCGCCACACGGAUACGUCAUACUUCCAGGAGCCCUGCGGCAUCCAGGUGUUUCACUGUCUGCGGCACGAGGGCACGGGCGGCAGGACUCUGCUGGUGGACGGUUUUCACGCUGCCGACACGGUUUUACAGCAAACGCCGGAGAACUUCCAGCUGCUGUCUCACGUGCCGAUUAAACACGACUAUGUGGAAAACCUCAGCGAUCAUCGCAACCACAUGAUCGGCAUCGGCCCCGUGCUCAACGUUUAUCCCUGGAACAAUGAGGUUUACAUGAUUCGAUAUAAUAACUACGACCGCUCAGUCAUUAACACAGUCCCCCAUGAUGUGGUGCGCCGCUGGUAUGUUGCUCACAGGAAACUCACUGCUGAGCUCAGGAGGGCAGACAACGAGCUCUGGGUCAAACUCAAGCCGGGCAAGGUUCUGUUUAUUGAUAACUGGCGUGUUCUCCAUGGCAGAGAGUCCUUCACAGGUCUGCGGCAGCUGUGUGGAUGUUAUCUGACACGAGAUGAUGUACUGAACACGGCUCGCUCUCUGGGUCUGCAGGCCUGAAAAACGCACACAACAAGGCAUUUUCCUAAAAUGAGUCUGUUUAGCAGGAUAAGCAGGAUCACAACAACACAGCAGUAUUACUAUCUGCACUUAAAGAUGCUAAGGAGGCUCUUAAAGGCCAUUAAAGAGACAGUUCACCCAAAAAUGAAAAAUUAGUUUACUCACCUUUUACUUGUAUUAAACCUUUAUGAGUUUAUUUCUUCUGUUGAACACAAAAGAUGUUAUGAAGAAAGCUGGAAAUAUUGCAUUUUAUUUGUUUUUCAUACUAUGGAAGUCAAUGGUUACCAGUUUCUAACAUUCUUCAAAAUAUCUUUUUUUUAGGUUCAACAGGAGAAAGAAACACAUAAUAGUUUGGAACCACUAGAGGGAGAGUAAAUAGUGAGUAAAUGUACAUUUUUAGGGGAACUAUCCCUUUACCCUUAGAUUAAAGCAUUGGUUCACCUAAAGGAUGACAAUUUUGAGCACUUAUGAUUAAUCCUAAAGCAUUUUAGAGGACUUUUUUGGGCAGAAUUAUAGAUUUUUUAAAAUAGUUUUCUUAAUCUGAGCAGUUACAUCGGGUCAUUUUUGUGCCUUCAUUUUAUCUUUGGGCCCAUGCAAAACAAAAGGAAAAUGCAAGUAUUUUAAGCUUUUUAUUCUUUAUUUGUCCAAAAAAAAAGCAAUACAAUGUAGAUCGAACACACACACACACCCAAAAUGCUGUUCAAAACUUUAUUGUCAUUUAUUAUAUUGUAAUUGUUUUGUUCUUCUGUUGAACACAAAAGAUAAUGUUGUGAAGAAAGCUAGAAACCUGUAACCACUGACUUUCAUUUGUUUUUCACACUAUGGACGUCAAUGGUUACCGGUUUCUAACAUUCUUCAAAAUAUCUUUUUUUAGGUUCAACAUGAGAAAGAAACUCAUAAUGGUUUGGAACCACUAGAGGGAGAGUAAAUCAUGAGUCAAUGUUCAUUUUUAGGGGAGCUAUCAGUUUAAACUUAGAUUAAAAUAUUGGUUAUCUUCAAGGAUGACAAUUUUGAGCACUUAUGAUUAAUCCUAAAGCAUGUUAGAGGUCUUUUUUGGGCAAAGUUUUAGAUUGUUUUUCCUUAAUCUGAGCCUUAAUCUGAGAAAUUGGCUAGGAUUGUUGUUGUAAAACACAAAAAGGAGACUCAAUUCAACAAAUUUAAGUGGUUUAAAACAACUUUUGUGCUCAUGAAAAUGACAUUUUAAGCAUAAUUUGUCCAAUAAAAAAUAUCGAACUUAAUGUAGAUCAGACUGAAAGAUCAUAUGUAAGAUCUGAGCCUAUACAACAUGCUCAAUGUGUCAAACACACACACUCACUCUCUCACAUUCAGACACACAGACCCCUCAAAAUGCCAUUGAAAACUAUCGUCAUGUACUUUCUAUUGUUAUUUUAUAUAUUUCGAGAUUUUUAUACAAUCAUAAGCCAAACGAUUUCACCAAAGUCAACAGACCUUUAGGUUUUGGAUGUCUGAACUUUUUUAUUUAUGGAAAAUACAUUUUAAAAAGCAUAAAAAUGCAUUUUUAACAUCCAAUAUGGCACUUUUCAAUGUAUAUUAAUGUUAAAAACAAUGCAUUGAUAAAAAUACAUCAGUUGAUAGAUUUGAUUUGAUAAAAGGUGAUACGACAUUUUGUUUUUUAAAAAUUGGGAUCACACAUUUUAAAAAAUAUUUUCGAUUUUUGAACCCUCAUAUUAAUGAUUUUGAAAUAGUUGUAUCUCGUCCAAAUAUUGUCCUAUAUAUCAUAACAUAUAUAUAUCAAUAGAAAUCUUAUUUAUUGAGAUUUCAGAUGACUUUUCACAAAAAAAAAAUAAAAAAUUUUUGUGGUCCAGACAUUGAUUUAGUUAAGGUAUUGAUUUUCUAGGUAAUUGUUUUGCUUGAAAGCUGUAUUGAAACUGCAUUUUGGAAGUUGAAACCACUGAGCAGCACUAUUGAAGUUCACUAUAUGGAGAAAACAGAAAUAUCCUGCAUGUUUUCUUUAAAAACCUUCAUUACAAAAUCUUGGUUGACAAAUAGCAAAAGGUCUAUUUUGUAAGUAAACUAAUCCUUUAAGGCAAGCAGGAUAUCAUUCUAUGGGCAGUUUUUUAUCUAUAUACACUUUUAAUAAUCAACAAUUGUAAUUAUGUGCAUUCAGUUAUGUUCGUUAUGGGUUUGCGGGUGCACUGAAAAAAUGCUGUUCUUACUUAGUGUUUUUGUCUCGUUUCUAGUCCAAAUAUCUAAAAAUUCUUAAAUCAAGAAGCAUUUUAUAGACAUGUAAAAAAUAUUGUCUUGUUUACAGAAAUAAUGAGUUAAAAUUAAGGGAGUUCUUCCUUAAAACAAGCUAAAUAAUCUGCCAAUGUGGUAAGAAAACAUUCAUUCAUUCAUUUUCUUGUCGGCUUAGUCCCUUUAUUAAUCCGGGGUCGCCACAGCGGAAUGAACCGCCAACUUAUCCAGCACGUUUUUACGCAGCGGAUUUCCCUCCAGCCGCAACCCAUCACUGGGAAAUGUAAGAAAACAAUAAAAUGAAAAUAAGAUUAUUUUGCUGACCCCGUUGGCAGAUUAUUUUUCGUGUUUAAAGGAAAACUUAAUUUUGACUCAUUAUUUCUGAAAACAAACCAGUAUUUUUUGCUUGUCUAAAAAAUGCUUCAUGAUUUUAGAAUUUUUAGAUAUUUGGACUAAAAACAAGACAAAAACACUAAGUAAUAAAGGCUUUUUUUGCAGUGUAGAAGUACUUUUUUGAUCCAUAACACAUUCUCCACAGAAAAACAGACAAUUUAAUGAUAAAGAUUUUCAUUUAGAUCAUAAAAACAAAACUGAAUUGGUCGAGGCAUUCAGUGUACAUACAAGAGAAUAUGCAGUGAAAUUUAUAUUCUUGAGUGUAUGAUGUCUGACUGAGGAUUUAAUGCAUAAUGACAGACCGAUCAAUCCAGAAGGUGCUUUGUUUUCAGUAAAAAUGGAAAUAAUGGAGGGUAUUUCUGUUGGUUUGUGCCUUAACAUUGAAAUGUGAAUGCAUGGUUGCAAUAAUGGGAAAGAUUUCACAACAUUUGGGAGCGCAUUCUGUUUAUACUACGAAUAUAUAUUUUAAUCUGUAUGAUUUUACCAUCCUGUAUCCUGUACAAAAUCAUCUCAAGUGAAUGUACGCACACAAUACCAAUGGUACCUCUCUAAAUAAAUAGUUUCUUGCUAUUA